AUGAGCAAUGCGUGCAUCGUAGCAUGUAGGCCAUUUUGGGGGCUACGCUCGUCCUCCCUCGCCCUUUCAGCCCGGUCAAUUGCCUCCGCCGUCGCCGCGGCUCGUCCUGCAUCGCCGAGAGCGGUGCCCUCGCACAUCUCUCGCCUCGGCACAACACCACUCAAAUGCUCCAGCCUACGUCCGCCACUCCUUCGCCUGCUUGACCAUCGCCACUUUACCACGUCUACAGUCGCCUUCGCCCGUAAACAGCCCGCGUCGAAGAAAGCCGAUCUCCACCCGAGUUCGAAAGGCCUUAAGGAAGCACAGGAUGCAGAGGGAAACGAGGACACACAGCUCCCUGGUGGAGACUUGCAGAAAGAUCAGAUAACUCAGAUAUUUGGACCUGGUAUCUCGGCGGCCGAGGGGAAUUCUUUCCUUCGUGUUCUACAGCAUCGUCGCGUAACCGGAAGUUUGGCUGAAAAAGGUGUCGAGGGACCGACUUCGUUUCCAAGAGAACGGGCUCUGAACGCGCUCGAGUAUCUCCGCAGCACAUAUCCUUUCGAUGAAGAGGCAGCAGCGGCUGAAUGGGCUCGGAGGGAAGCCCAGCGCCUGGAAGGCAUGAUGAUCCAACGGGCUCAGGACCUGAAGCUGUACAAGAAGGGAGAUUCGGAGCAAACGCUUGGCAAUGUAUACGGACACAGCGAAUUGGAAGCCUUGAGGAGGCGUAAUGAAAAAGUCUACGAGCGUCAAAAAGAAGAAGAAGAGCGACGCAAAGAAGUUCAAGAAAAAGAAGGUCUCGCCGGGAAGGGUGGUACCCUAGGUCCAGUCAAAGCCAAGACAGAGCUACGUAAGAAGGAAAAGUCUGAAUGGCUCAAGUAUUACGAAGAGCAAGCUGUGAUACGGAAAGAAAAAGAGGCUCCCAAGAUGAGCGCUGCCGCGCGCAUCCUCCCCUCUGCCUUCGUCUCCGCCCUCAUCCUCGCCGGCCUCUACAUCUUCACGGAAACCUACACCCCCCCGUCCUCGGCUGCCCGCCUCUGGCCCGACACGCCCCCCGCGCUGGCAACCUGCUUCGCGCUCCUCAACAUCAACCUCUUCAUCUUCCUCGCCUGGCGCUUCCCGCCCUUCUACCGCCCCUUCAACAAGUACCUCCUCCAAACGCCCGGCUACCCGACCGCCCUCUCCGUCCUCGGCAACAUCUUCUCCCACCAAGACCCGAAGCACCUCUUCAUGAACAUGCUCAUCCUCAUGGGCGCCGGCCCGCAGCUGCACGAGCUCGUCGGCCGCGCCGACUUCCUCGCCGUCUACCUCGCCGGCGGCGUCCUCGGCUCGCUCGGCUCGCUCGUCGCCAGCGUCGCCCGCCGCAGCUUCGCCGUCUCCACCCUCGGCGCCUCGGGCGCCCUCGCCGCCACCAUCGGCGCCCUCCUCCUGCUCAAGGACGCCGACGCCUUCGCCGUCCCCUUCUUCCCCGAGUAUCGUGUUCCUGUCUCGUCCGCCGGCCUGCUCGCCGCCUGUCUGGCCUACGAGGUCUGGGGCCUCGCCCGCGGCGGCGCCCGCACCGGCAUGGAUCACGUCGCGCAUUUGGGCGGGUAUGCGACGGGCAUGGCGGGGGCGGGCUUGCUGAAGUGGCGCGUGGCUGAGAGGAGGAGGGUGGCUGAGGAGAAGAAGAGGGAGAUGGGCUUUUUGCAGCGGACUUUUGGCGCUGGGAGGGAUGAAUAA